AUGAGAGAAAGAAGAGCCAACGAUGAAUUUCGUUUGUUGGACAAUAGACGACGAGCAAAAUCUCAUAAAGCUGAACGACAAAAUAAUGAAUUUAAAACUCAAGAAAAUGAAAGAAGAGCAGAAGCUCUUAAAAUUUCACGAGAAAAUGAUGGGUUUAAAACAGAAGAUAAUAAAAGAAGAGCAGAAGCUCAUAAAAUCGAACGACAAAGCGAUGAGUUUAAAACACAAGAUAAUAAAAGAAGAGCAGAAGCUCAUAAAAUCGAACGACAAAGCGAUGAGUUUAAAACACAAGAUAAUAAAAGAAGAGCAGAAGCUCAUAAAAUUGAACGACAAAAUGAUGAAUUCAAAGAAGAAGAGAGAAGAAGAAAUGCACUAAGAAUGUACAACAGUAGAGAUAAAUAUAAAAAUAAUUUUGAUGCUAUGAAAUCAAAUUAUGAAUCAGAUAUAAAAGAAGGGCCUACUCAUAUUUGUAGUUGCUGUGGUGGUUUAUGGUUUGCGUAUUCUAUCAGAGAAUAUACAGUUGAGAUGUUAGCAAAGAAAGGAUUAAAAAAGGAAUUCAUCGACACAGUUUGUUAUCUAAAACAUGAAAUUAUCGAAUUAUGUGCUACUUGUCGAAAGGACAUCAUGUCGAAUAAAAUACCUAAUCUCGCUCUAUCUAAUGGUUUAGCAUUCUAUGAAAUACCGGAUUGCUUGAAAAUCUUGAUUGAAUCAGAAGAAAGAUUGAUAUCGCCAAGAAUUCCUUUUAUGGUAAUUCGAACCUUAGGCUUUUCUAAACAAUUUGGUCUCAAAGGUAAUUUAGUUAAUGUUCCCAUGAAUGUUGACACGAAUGUUUCAAUAUUACCUAGAAGUUUUAGUGAUACUUACACGAUUCAAUUGAAACUAAUGAGACAAAUGAAAAAUAAAAAUGCUUUUAUGUAUGAAACCAUUCGACCAAAAGUCGUACACACAGCUGUUAAAUAUCUUGUUCAACAAGAACUUUAUAAAGAUGAAGGUAUUGUUAUAUCUAAUGAUUGGAUUAAAGAGUAUCCAAAUGAAAAAGAAAAUUUCAUAGUCAAAAACGAUGAUAAAAAGUUUAAUGAAACUGAAAAUACGGGAGAAGACUCUGAUCAUGAUGAUAAUUGGAAUGAAAGUGACGAUAAACCAAUUAAUCCAGUAGUUACUGAAACGUUGUUGAAUGAUGAGAUCGAGGAUCAAAAUGACAUUGGUAUUAAAUUUGCUCCAGGAGAGAAUAACAGACCGAUAUCUAUUCUAAUGGAUUUGAAAGUCGAUGAGCUAACAUUUCCAAAAAUCUAUUGUGGAAAACAACGGAAAAUUAAAGAAAAUGUCAAACUAACGUAUGCUAAAAUUGCUAAAUCAGAAUUAAGAAUGUUUGAUAGAAGAUGUGGUAGAGUGUCAAAACUCUUUUUUACAUAUAAGAAACUACAAACGAGAAAAUUCGUUGAUGCUAUUUCGAUAAAUUUAAGAAAAACAAAAAAUACGAAAAACGUAACUGUUACACAAAUGCUUAAUCGAGAUUAUGUGAAUGGAUUAGUGCAUAAUGAUAAUGCUUUUGCAUUCUUAAGAUUUGAUCGAUCUUCACCAGCAUUCUGGGAACUAAAAAAGAAAGAACUUAUGGCCAUGAAUAGGCAAUUAGAAUGUGCAACAAUAUUUUUAACAUUAUCAGCUGCUGAAACACAGUGGUCAGAACUUCUUGUCAUAUUGACUAAAGUGUUAGAAAAUAAAGUAAUAACAUUAGAAGAAGCACAAAAUUUGAGCUAUGAGAAGAGAUGCGAAUUGAUAAGACAAGAUUCGGUAACAUGUGUUCGCUAUUUUGAACAUAAAUUAAAAUGUUUAUGGGAAAUAUUAUCAGCUCCUUGUGGUCCAUUUCAAGGAUAUGAAUUAGUAGACAAAUAUGUCAGAACUGAAUUUCAAGUUCGUGGUUCACCACAUGUUCAUGCUUUAUUGUGGUUAAAGAAUGCUCCAAAAUAUGACAAAAAUAAUCCUGAAUCGAUUGAAAAAUGUGUAGAAUUUAUUGAUAAAUUGAUUUCGGUUAGUUCUCAGCCAACGGAAUUUUCUGAAGUACUUAUCAGUUUACAACGUCAUAAGCACUCACAUACUUGUAAACAACAUGUAAACGGUUGUAUAAUAUGUCGUUUUGGUAUUCCAUAUUUUCCGAUGAGUAAAACGAUGAUAUUAGAACCAUUUAGUGAUGAUGAAAAGCUCUCUAAAAAAGAACGUGACGAGAUAAGUAAGAGUAGACAGAAUGUAAAGGAAGAACUUGACAGAAUAUCAAAAGAUAAAGAUACUUCAUUAACUUUUGAAGAAUUUUUGAAAAAAAUUAAUAUGAAUGAAGAACAGUAUAUUAAAAUGAUUCGAGCUGGAUUAAAAAAGGCGCAAGUAUUCUUAAAACGUGCUCCAAAUGAGACCCGAAUCAAUGCAUACAAUCCAAUGAUAAUGUCAUUGCAUAGAGCAAAUAUGGACAUUCAAUAUAUUCUUGAUCCUUAUGCAUGCUUAAAGUACUGUGUUGAAUACAUCAACAAAUCUGAAAAUGGAAUGUCCAAGCUUCUAAGGGAAGCAUUGAACGAGCUAAAAAAAGGCAAUCACACAGUCAAAGAACGUCUUAGAGUUAUUGCAAAUAAGUUUUUGAAUUCAAGUGAAAUUUCAGCACAAGAAGCUGUUUAUCAUAUUUUAAGUAUUCCACUUUCCGUCAGUAGCAGGAGUACUGUAUUUAUUAAUACAAAUAGACCCGAAAAUAGAAUUUCUAUGCUAAAAUCAGAUGAAAUUCUGCAGAAACUAGAGCCUGAUUCAAAAGAUGUUUUUGUUGAAGGUUUAAUUGACAUGUACAUUAAUAGACCAGACGAAAUGAAAGAUGUUUGUCUGGCUGAUUUUGCUUCCUUGUAUAAUGUGUCAAAGAGAAAAGUAGAUAAUGCUCCAAUUGCGGAAAAUUCUGAUGAUGAAGAUGUUACUGAAAAUGAAAAUAAUGAAAAAAUUACUGCUUUCAAGAUGAAAAAUGGAAAAGGUUGGAUCAAAAAAAAAACAAAGAAAAAAAUAAUAAGAUACAGAUACUUUAAGUUACACCAAGAUCCUGAAAACUACUACAGAGAGCAGUUGAUGCUAUUUCUACCAUGGAGUAAUGAAGAAGAAGAUCUUCUUUCUAUAAACCAUGAAGAGACAUUUGAAUUACAUAAAGAUUUAAUUCAAGAGAAAAGAUCUGAAUAUGUUCAUCGUGAAGCCAAUGAAUUUGAGAAAGCUUUUGAAGAGCAUAUGGAAAGAGAAGAUGAGAAUGAUAUUGAGGAUACAAAUAUUGAAUAUGAUCAAGAUAAGAAUGAAUUCCUCAUUUAUGAAAUAGGAAACAAUGAAGGCGAUAUCUUUGUUGAAAUGGGACUAAAGACCCAAACUGAAAAAGUUGAGAAUUUUAAUGUUCCCAAAGUAAUACCAGAUACUGAAUAUCAGCAAAUGAUGAGAAGUCUCAAUAAUAAUCAAAGAAGAUAUACUUUGAAUGUGAUGAAAUUGAUAAAAAAUGGAGAUAAGCAAUUUUUCCAUUUUAUUAAUGGCGGCGCAGGCGUUGGUAAAAGUACUUUGAUCAAAGCAAUAUAUCAGUCGAUACUGAGAUUUUAUAAUUCUCUUCCUGGAUGUAAUCCAGAAACUAUUCGUACUGCACUCUGUGCGCCAACUGGUAAAGCUGCAGCACUAAUUGAUGGAAUGACGUUGCAUUAA